AUGGAGACCCACAAUGUGACUGCCCCACUCAACUUCACCCUCCCACCCAACUUCGGCAAGCGCCCCACCGACAAGGCACUGAGCGUCACCCUGGUGUUCUUGCUGCUCAUUAUCAUGCUCUCGCUGGGCUGCACCAUGGAAUUUGGCAAGAUCAAGGCUCACUUCUGGAAGCCCAAGGGGCUGGCCAUCGCCCUGAUCGCGCAGUACGGCAUCAUGCCCCUCACUGCCUUCAUUCUGGGCAAGGUCUUCCAGCUAAACAACAUUGAGGCACUGGCCAUCCUCGUCUGUGGCUGCUCCCCAGGCGGUACCCUGUCCAACAUCUUCAGUCUGGCCGUGAAGGGGGACAUGAACCUCAGCAUCGUGAUGACCACCUGCUCCACCUUCUUUGCCCUGGGCUUGAUGCCCUUCCUCCUGUAUGUCUACUCCAGGGGAAUCUAUGAUGGGGAUCUGAAGAGCAAGAUACCCUAUGGAAGCAUUGUGAUAUCACUAAUGCUGAUUCUCAUUCCCUGCACCAUUGGGAUCUUCCUCAGUGCCAAACGGCCACAAUAUGUACGCUAUGUCAACAAGGGGGGGACGAUCAUCAUGCUUUUGUUAAGCGUGGCCAUCAUAGCACUCUCUGUCAUCAAUGUGGGCAACAGUAUCACGUUUGUCCUGACACCACACUUGCUGGCUACCUCCUCCCUGAUGCCUUUCGUCGGCUUCCUGCUGGGCUACAUCCUCUCUAUGCUUUUCCAACUCAGUGCACAGUGCAGCCGCACUGUCAGCAUGGAAACCGGAUGCCAAAACGUUCAGCUUUGUUCCACCAUUCUCAAUGUGACAUUCCCCCCUGAAGACAUUGGACCACUCUUUUUCUUCCCUCUCCUCUACAUGAUUUUCCAGCUUGGAGAAGGGGUUCUUCUCAUCUUCAUUUUUCGGUGCUAUGAGAAAAUCAAGCCUUCCAAGGAUAAAACAAAAAUGACCUACACAGCUGCUGCAACUGAAGAAACCAUUCCAGGAACUCUAGGAAAUGGCACCCACAAAGGGGAGGAGUACUCCCCUUGCACAGCCUAGCCUUCCCCCAGUGGCCUGGAUUCUGGUCAGAGGGCAAUUCAGUGCAACCAACUAGAGAGCAAAAGAUGAAAGAACCAGAGCCGUGAGUCGAGUUUCUCGAGCACUGCCAGCAGGAACUAUCAGAACUGACAAACCUUGCCUGAAGGGAGGACAGUCGGUCUACCUCAAGAGCCUCACCUAUCCCCAGCUCAGGAGUUGAUACUUGUUUAAAAAAUAAAGACUUGUUCAAGGACAGCCCUAUGAAAACAGAAACCAAACUGCCUUUUUGUCCCUGAAUUUCCAGAACAGUGUUCCAUAGGCAUAUAAGAGGCAC